AUGGAGCAGCUGAGGUCCACCUCUCCAGGGCUUCAUUUGGACCUGAACAACUUUGACUCGGCCGAUGCGCAGAGGAGCCCAUUUGUUUUAACAAGCCCCCGCUCGCUGCAGUCCUGUGCACGUCUGGGUGUCAAACCUGUUGAACUUCUGAUUAAAUCCCUGAACGAGCUGAUUGCUGAACAGAAUGAUGCGCCCUUCGAGGCGGUGAGAGUUAUGCAUGAAACCUACGAAAGGGAGAGAAAGAAGCUUUUGCAAAUGUGCCGGGAGGAGAGGGAGAGGAUUAUCCAGGCGGCUGGGGACAGGUGGCCAGGUGGUGAGAGUAAAGGCCUGGAAGUGGUCCCUGAAACCAAAGAUCUCUCACCGGGGUCCAUCCCAUAUGCAGAUCUGUGCAUUAGAGGGAAAUCUAUAAGCAGGUCCUCCUGUUCGGUUGCUGGUACCAAACACCCGGACAGGAGCACAAUCUGCAGCUUCAGCCUGGGAGACCUCCGGCACUCCCCGGCGACUGAGAUGCAACUGGAGAGGCUCACUAAGGACAUCAGGAAGGAGAUGUGUGUCACUGUGCCGGAGAGAGACCGCAAGAUAGCAGCUCUCAUGCUGGUGAAGCACGAGGAGGAGCAGGCCUCCCUGAAGCUCUCCAAGCAGGAGGAACAGGAGCGCCAGGAGGCCCGCAGGCAGGAGGAGAACCAGCGGGCUGAGGCAGAGAAGAAGAGGAGGAAGAAACUGAAGCAGAACAUGCAACGGUGGCGUGGGGAGCUGGAGGCCCGCAGGAGGCUGAGGGAGCUACGGGAGGAAGAGAGAGCCCGAGAACGUGAGCAGGAGGUGCUGCUGCAAGAAGACAGGUGGAGGAGGCUGAAGGAGGAGGUGGAGGCAGAACGCAGGGAAAAGAUAGAGGCGGCACAGAAAGAGGCAGAGGGGCGCAAACGCUGCCAGGAGAAGCUGCUGAGAGAGAGGGAGGAAGGGGAGAAAAGGGAGCGAGAGAGGGAGAGACAGGCAGCAGAGGUGAAGGACCAGAAUGCCAGGAGGAGCAAAGUGUCGCAGGAGAAGAAGGAGAAGAAGAGGCUGGAGGAGGGGAAUCGCAAGGAGCUGCUCCGGCACGUACUGCUGAAACAGCAGGUGGAGCAGCAGGUGGAGGAAGAGGAGGCGCAGAUGAGGAGCACCCUGGAGAAGAAGCUGCAACACUCCUGCGAGAUACGUGCCCGGGCCGUAGAGGCACGGCAGAGGGAGCUGCAGGAGCGGGCAGCCCAGGAGGAGGAGCAGAUCCAGAGGGCGCGCCUCAGGGCCGAGCUGCAGAGCUUCCAGCAGCUCACACACAAACAGAUCCUGGUGCAGCUGAGCCAGCGGCGCAUGGAGAGAGCCGCCCUGCACACCUCGGCCCGGCACAGGGCCAGAGCCCAGCAGACACACGAGCACAACCGACACAGGCAGCUCUGCCACCAGAGGCUGAGAGAGAGGAUGCAGAGAGAGGAGGAGGCGAUGAGGAAGGUCAGAGAGAGCUGCAUCUCCGUGAAGGAGUGGAAGAGGGAGAGGCUUCGGAUGCAGCGGGAGCAGAUACAGGAGGAGGCGCACAGGCUGGCUUUGGCCUCCUUUCACAUGAGGGAGAGAGUGAGACAGCAGACGCACAGAAGAACCUUUGAUCAGAUGGCUCUGGAGGCUCAGCUGACUGCCUCCAUGCACCACAUGAAACUAUGA